AUGAAGUCUGCUCUAGCGCUGUUGGCUCCGGCCAUGGCUGCGGCCGUCUCCUUGAAAUCCCUGCUCGGCGAGAGCGAGAUCACCAAAGAGAUGUACCAAUCCGGAAAGGUCCAUGAAGCCAUCAUGGAGUACAAGAUGGACGAGUGGGAACAACGCCGCGCCGAUGGAGCAUACAACACCUCACAGUUCCUCCAAGCCCUCCCUGCCCCAGUCAAGUGCGUCAACGGCCAAGCUGUUGUUGUCCCGGGCGACCGUCUGCAGACCUUCCGCUGCGGCAACCUCGAUCUUCAGGACUUCAAGACCCACGCUGAGUUGGGUAGCCGCAGCGGCUCAGGCUCAUCUUCCUGGGGAUGGACUUCUCCUGAAGGACGUGAGUUCGGCGCUAUCGGCCAAGCCGACGGUACUGCCUUCAUCGAGAUCUCCAAGACAGGAAGGAUCACCUACCUCGGUCGUCUCCCUCAGCAAUCAGUCACUUCCCAGUGGCGCGAGAUCAGGACUGUGAAGAACUACUUCAUCAUCGGAAGUGAGGCCUCGAACCACGGCAUCCAGAUCUUCGAUGCCCGGAAGCUCCUGACUGUCACGUCACCUAAGACGUUCAGCACUUCCAGCGACAUUUCCCUCUUCAACGGUCUCCCUACUGGUCGAACCCACAACGUUGUCUCCCUUGAGGAGAAGAACUUUGCCGUUGCAGUCGGCGCACAGCCACGCACAGACAAGUGCAAAUCCGGACUGAUCUUCAUCGACUUGUCCAACCCCGCCAGUCCCACCUCCCCCGGCUGCGCUCCUGGUGACGGCUAUGUCCACGAUGCCCAGUGCCUGGUCUACCGUGGACCAGACACUCGCUACACUGGCCGCGAUAUCUGCUACGGCUACAAUGAGGACACACUGACCAUCUACGAUGUCACCAACAAGGCCGCCGCCACAAUUAUCUCUCGAACCAGCUACACUGGCGCGUCCUACACGCACCAAGGCUCCGUCCUCGACCCCAACAACCAGGAAUACCUUCUCCUCGAUGAUGAGUAUGAUGAGGAAGAUGGACGUGCGCCUGCUGCCGACGGAUUCCCCGUGACCUACGUCUGGGACAUCCGCGACCUGCGUGCACCAAAGCAGACGGGCCUGUACAAGUCCACAGUGCGGUCCAUCGACCACAACCAGUACGUCCACAACGGUCUGUCCUUCCAGUCCAACUACGGUGCUGGCCUCCGCGUCCUCGAUGUGUCCUCAGUGCCACAGGACCCCACCGGCAAGGGCAUCAAGGAGGUCGCCUUCUUCGACGUCUUCCCAGAUGACGAUGCCCAGUCCGGCGGCGGCAACGUGGCCUUCACUGGCACCUGGUCUCACUACGCCGGAUUCCCCUCCGGCAAUAUCCUCGUCAACACGAUCGAGCGUGGUGUAUACAUCGUCAAGAACCCGUCGGUCACUGGCCAGAUGAAGGGCCAGUAUGCUUAA